AUGGCGAGCCACGGCGUUCCGCGCACAUCGGGGAGUGCUGUUCGCACAGAAGAAUCUCGGCAAAAAGAGCUUCAGCAAAUUGCAGCCUACAAGGAUCUCACGGCCUUGGUGAAUACAAAGAUAGCAGAGAAAGAAUAUACAGUAGAAGUGCUCGGUCUCGUGACCGAUUUAUUGAAGGAGAAUCCGGAAUUCUACACUAUAUGGAACUAUCGGCGGCGCCUACUGGGCGCAUUGUUCCCCAAGGUUACCACAGAGAAUGAUUCGACCGCAAAGUCUGAGCAGCUGAUACAGGACGAUUUACUGCUUACUUUCUCAUUACUGAGGAAAUUCCCCAAGUGCUAUUGGAUCUGGAACCACAGAAACUGGUUGUUGAAGCAAGCGGAAAGUGAACUGGGUUCUGAGACGGGACGUCAGUUAUGGGCGGGUGAAUUACAGAUCGUCAGCAAAAUGCUGCAUGCUGACAAUCGUAAUUUUCACGCAUGGAGCUACCGGCGGGCUGUUGUACAGCAGCUCAAGCGACUGACUUCCGCUACAGCAGAAGCCAAGUCGGCGAAGAGCCUUACGGAGUCCGAAUUCGACUACACCACUAAGAUGAUCAAAUCCAACCUUUCCAAUUUCUCAGCCUGGCACAACCGGAGCAAGCUAAUACCACUCCUUCUAGAGGAACGAAACGCUGACCCGACAGCGCGGCGUGCCUUCCUAGCUUCAGAAUUGGACCUGAUAUGCGAGGCAAUCAACACCGAUCCAUUCGACCAGUCCAUCUGGUUCUACCACCAAUUUUUAAUGUCCACUCUGUCACCGAAUUGUCCACCUCAAGAUCUUAUUGUCCACGACCUCAGCAAUGGCGAGCGACAAAAAUAUUACGAGCACGAGAUGGAGUAUAUUCGAGAGAUCUUGGACGACGAGGCAGAUUGUAAAUGGAUAUAUGAAGCUUUGUUGGCUUUGGCACCUGCAUACCUGGAAGUCGAUGCUGGUACGAAGCUUUUUACCACGCAGGAUAUGAGGUUGUGGUUGGACGAAUUAAGUCGAUUGGACCCGCUUCGCAGAGGACGAUGGCGCGACCUUGCGAAGCAACUCGAGAUCUGA